GGGUCGGGUCGGAUCGUGCCCUCCGAAUGAAGAGAGCGAGCGCGAGCUUCUUCUCCUCCCUACUCGGAAUCCGAACCUUCCUCCUCCUCCGCCGCCGCCGCCGCCUCUCCGCCGCCGCCGCCCCUCUCUCCUUCUUAAGACGAUCAUCGUUCCCACAUAUGGUGUCUUCUUCUUCGUCGUCGUCUUCUUCUAUGGCGAAAGUGGCGGAGGAGGCGGCGGAGGGGAGAUACAGCUACAACCCGGAGCUUCGAUGGAACACGCAGGUGGAGGCGUACUUCGCGCACGCCUACGGGGCCGAGCACUUCGCCCGGAUCUCCAAAGCCCUAACGCGACCAUCUUGCUACUCUUGUAUCCGAGUGAACACUCUCAAGUCCUCUGUCGAUGCUGUUGUGGAAAAGCUAAAGAACAUUCUGGAUGGAAAUGACAUGUGUAAUGGUAUUGAAGCUAAUCAAGUAAAUAAUCAAGAAAGAGUGUCUAAUUGUAACAGCACUUCCGGGGAAGCAGAAACACCUAUUCAAUUUUUAGGAAGCUCUCCCAUAUCUAAAUGCCAAUAUCCCGGUCUUGAUAAUGUUGUAUUGGUUAGAGGUUCGGGUCCACACAUUCUGUGCUAUGAUCUUACCGGCGAGCCUAUGAAGGAAGUAAUCGUGAGUCGAAAAUGUGCUGAAGCGGUUCUCCGAGGGGCUCAGGUAUAUGUGCCAGGUGUGUUGGCUUGUAGUUCACAUGUUGAAAAAGGGGACAAGGUUGCAGUAUCAGUGGCUAUUGAACAGCCUGUUGAGUAUGGUGGGUGGUCGGUUGGUUUUACGCGUGGGACUGUUCUACAGGGACUACAAUCAGAUCCCCUUUACCGAGAAAGAAGUGGCCUGUACAUUGGGCAAGGAGUCACUUCAAUGUCGAGGGCUGGCAUCUUCCGUGCAUCUGAAGGAGUUGGAGUAGAAAUGGAAGAUAGAGUAUAUAAACUUCCAUCCUUUAAUGAUGUGCUUGAAGGAGAAAUAUUUCUUCAAAAUUUGCCCAGCAUUAUAACUGCUCGUGUUCUAGAUCCACAGCAAGGAGAGCGGAUAUUGGACAUGUGUGCGGCUCCAGGAGGAAAAACAACUGCAAUUGCUAUCCUUAUGAGGGACAAAGGAGAGGUGGUUGCCAUUGAUAGAUCUCACAAUAAGGUAAUGGAAAUUUUGAAGUUGGCUGCUGAGAUGGACCUACAUUGCAUAAAAGCGUAUAAACUCGAUGCUCUUAAAUCUGUGCGGAGGACUAAUGAGGAAACUGAUGUUGAGGCUACUGUAACAGAAGAUGAUAAAUCUUAUAAGCCUGCAGUUGGUGAUCAGGUGUCUAAUACAGAAAAAUGCUGCCCCAAUUCAAAGAUUGAACAAAAUGAUAGAAAGCUUCUUUCCAAGGCUGACCUUAUGAAGAAUGCUCGAAAAAUGAAAAAUGGACCAGGAAGAAAUAAUAGCAUGGGCGGCAGAGUUGAAAAAUCGAAGGGUUUUAUGCCUAAUAGUUUUGAUCGUGUUCUUCUUGAUGCUCCAUGUUCUGCGCUUGGCUUGAGACCUCGACUAUUUGCUGGAGAGGAAACAUUGGAAUCAUUGAGAAAUCAUGCUAAAUAUCAAAGGAGGAUGUUCGAUCAAGCCAUUCAACUAGUUCGUGCAGGAGGUGUAAUUGUAUAUUCAACAUGUACCAUAAACCCAGGGGAGAAUGAGGCUUUGGUUAGAUAUGCAUUGGAUACAUACAAGUUUCUUUCACUAGCAUCACAACAACCAAAAAUUGGAGGACCCGGAAUUGUUGGUCAUUGCGAGUUGUUCAAAGAAACAUAUGUGGAGGGAUGGCUGACGAAAAGCGAAGCAGAACUUGUUCAGAGAUUUGAUCCAUCGUCUUCAAUCGAUACUAUUGGUUUCUUCAUUGCAAAAUUUGAUGUUGGCCCCAAAGAUACAUAAGUGCAGGGAUAAUGAGUUUCACAGCUUAACCAAAUUGUUUAUCGCAACGGGGAAUGACCAGAAAUCAAUUGCAGGGGCACAUUACAGAGGUGGAACAUCUUUCAUUUUUCCGCGGACAUCUUUUUUCUUUUCUUUUUUCCUCCGAGGAUGAUCGAAAGAUACCGAGAAGGGUGGUAGAGAUGAAUACCCCAAAUCUAGCAUCAAAUUACACACCAUAUUAAGCACCGAGGGAUUGUUCAGUGAGGUUCUGUGCUGAGGAGAAACACUCGCAGAAGCACGAGAGAUUUUGACCUCUUUGAUGACUUGUGAUUUCUUGUAUUUUUCAUAAUUUAAUUGGGUUGGUUAGAGCCCUUAAUGAUGUCUCUUUAUUUAUACAAAUAUGAUGUGAUGCAACAUGAUAUUCAAUAAUCUUGAAUAAGCUAAUUAUGUCUCUUUA